AUGGAUGGUGAAGACUUCGGCGAAAUGAGUGGUGUUUCUCAGGAUCAUCCAUUCACUCUUAAUAUGUGCCGCGUACGAUGUUUUCGAUGUUCAUCAAGAAGUCUACCUGAAUCUAUCCUCACAAAUGAGAUUUGGAAAGAAGUGAAAAAGGAACGACUAGAUCCAGAGAACGUACUCUGUACUGCCCGUGAAGAUUAUACAGGAGCUCUAUCUCUUACUGAGGACGACUUUGAUGAUGUAUAA